GACAAGGUCAGUGGUCUUGAGAAUCAACAUCACCAACACUUACUGGAGGAAACAAAUCCAUAACUAGGAAAAGAAGAUGGCAUUUUGCUGGUUGUAUUUGUGUAUCUACUCACUCUGGUUCAAAGUGUCUGUCGCUAAGGGUGACUCAUGGCAUCUAGAGGUGCCUCCCUCAGUGGUCGGUCUGGAGGGCUCAUGUGUGGUCAUUCCCUGCCUGCUCAGCUACCCUGGUCCAGACAGGAAGGCCUCAGACCUCACAGGAAUCUGGUUCACAGAUUCGAAUGAGAUUGUCUACCAUUCUUCCACUACCAAAAUCAGCACUAAUUUUCAGCAUCGUACGAGCCUCCUGGGUGAACUGAGGCACAGAAACUGCUCACUUAAAAUCAGCCCUUUACAACACACUGACAGUGGCCCUUUCACUUUCCGGAUCGAGAUUGAAGAUUUCAACAAGUACUCCUUCGCAAAGAAUAAAGUCUCUAUUACAGUGAAAGAUACCCCAGAACCACCUACGCUUUCUGUGGAACAGCGAAUAAAGUCAGGGAAGAAAGUGACCACAACCUGUACCUUCCUGCACUCCUGUCCUUCUGACCCACCAAAUCUCACCUGGAGCCACCAAGGAAAAGUUAGCAGUCAAUCAACACGGCAAACCAAUGGUCAGUGGAAGGUGACGUCAUCUCUGAGCUUUACCCCCACCAAACGGGACCAUGAAAAAUUGCUGAGUUGCACAGCUGUGUUUACAGGAGGGAAGAAAGUGAGCAGCAUCACAGUUCUCAAUGUCACAUAUCCUCCGGUCAGUGUUGAGGUGAUCUCCAGCUCUUCAGUGCAGGAGGGCGACUCUGUGGAGCUGAACUGCUCCUGUGACGGUAACCCUGCUGCACAUGCCUACCAGUGGUUCACUGAGAAGGGUACGUUGGUGUCAGAAGGACAAAAUUACAUGCUGAAGAGUGUGAAAAGACACCCUGAGCCUCUCUACUGCACAGCCAUUAACACAGAGGGACAAGCCAGGUCCACACCAAUCCAGCUCAAUGUGUUGUAUCCUCCUGAGAUUAAGGUUGGUUCUUCAUGUACCUCUGAGAUCUCCACAGCGACUUGUCUGUGCAUGGUGGAUUCCCAUCCCACCAGCGACAUCAAGUGGUGGACUUCAGAUCCAUCUAAAUUGCUAAACAGCUCCAACACAGAAAUACAUGGCUCUCUUACCAUAGUUACUCUACAGGGGGUGCUAGACUCAAACACUGUGCACUGCCAUGCGAGUAACAGCCAGGGGAAUUCUACCAUGACUUUACAAGUGCCUCACAAUGGAAAGCUUGUGUACAUUGCAGUUGCUGUCUCUGUUUUUCUUGUGGUCAUCACUGGACUCACAGUAUGGAUGGUAAAAAGAAGCCAUGUAAGCAGCAAGACAGAAGAGCCUGUAACACAUAGGAAGACUGAAGAGAAUGUGACCUCACAACCUGGCUCAGAAAGAGAGUGCAAAGCCUACUCAACCUACGGUGGCAGUCAGAAUGUAUAUGGCAACAUGACGCUUGAAGAAGAGCAGUGUUCAGACACAUAUGAAGUUACUGAUGGUGAUGCGGUUUAUGCUAAUAUGUGAACUUCUAAAAUAAUUUCAAACUGAAUACUUUAACCUGUAGGGGACUACAUCAUCCUCCAUAUAUACUUUUACAUCUUAAUUUAUGAUUUAUGCCAAGUAGCAAUAAAGUUUGUGUUGUAUUGUAUUGUUGUAUAGAGUUUGUGUUUGUAUUGCCUCUGUAUACAAUAUCAUUAAUGUUACAAUGGCCAUCUGGUAUGGUUAUUUGCAUCGCAGUUGAUCAGAACCUGAGGUUUUGAUCCACUUUCACAGUCAAGUCAUGUUGUAUAUUGUGACUGUCCACAGAAAACAGCCCCAAUUUUGGCAAUUUUUAUUUUUUUAUAUCAUUUAAACAUGGUUGCUGUCCUUAACAUUGGGUGAACAUUUUAUGAAGAAUGGACAAAUAGAAAUUCACCAAAAUCACUUAAAGUAAAAAACAGUUUAUAUUAACUUAAAUUAAACAUUAGGAACGUUCUUGCUUUUUCUUGUAAAGUUACUUUUUUUGACAGCAAUGACAUAAAACUCCUAACCGAGUACUUUUCCACUGCCAAGUGAUUGGGAACCUCUGCACACAGCAAAUAUAAGAGGAAGCAAAGAUUGUUUUGUUUUUUUCUCUGUUUUCUGUUUAUUUCUUAGAAAUAAAGAACAUGAACAUGCAUUUCUAAAA